AUGGAAGUUCCAGGAAAAGUAAUUGGUGGUAAAGUAGGUGGAAAAGUUGGUGGUAAAGUCCUUGGUCUUGGUAAAGGAGGAAAAGGAAAAACAGGUUCUGGUAAAACGAAAAAAGCGCCAUUAUCCAGAGCUUCAAGAGCUGGAUUACAAUUUCCAGUAGGAAGAGUUCAUAGAAUGCUGAAAACAAGAAUUUCUUCAGACGGAAGAGUUGGAUCAACGGCUGCUGUUUAUGCUGCAGCAAUUUUGGAAUAUCUUACUGCAGAAGUUUUAGAAUUAGCAGGAAAUGCAACAAAGGACUUAAAAGUGAAGAGAAUUACUCCAAGACAUUUACAGCUAGCUAUUAGAGGUGACGAAGAAUUGGAUACCCUUAUAAAAGCAACGAUUGCUGGAGGUGGUGUCAUUCCACAUAUUCACAAGGCCUUGAUGAAUAAAGUUCCAGUACCUCCAACCCAAGCAAAGAAGCCAAAGAAAAAUUAG